GGUGGGAUACGAUGCGGCAGGGACAUUAUGCUGUAGUGGCGUGGAGACAACGCACUGGCGGCCGACCGCUUGCGAUGGCACGAGGCUGGGUGCGUUCGGAGUGGGGGUUCCUGCGGGAUGGCGGAGAAGCGGGAACGUCCGCGGCGUCCGUCGUCAUGGUCUCGCGUUAGUUCGACCUUCCAUAAAAGCCUCGUUUGCCCCCCUGGUUCCCCCCCCAAACCAAACCAUUAGCACCGAAACCGAAAUCAACAAUGGCAACCGACAGCAAACAAGCCUGCCUCAUCAUGGGCGCCACAGGCGCGGUCGGCAAAACCCUCCUCCGCGAGAUCAUGCAACAGAACAAGUACGACAAAGUGACCCUCCUCGUGCGGCGCUCGGCGAACUACGAUGGCCCGAAUAAGGAGAAGGUCGUGGAAAGGAUUGUGGAUUUCGAGAAGCUGGAUGAGGAGGUGUUCAGGGGGCAUGCCACGUUCUUCUGCACGUUCGGCACGACGAAAGCCCAGGCCGGGUCUGCCGAAGCGUUUGAGCGGAUCGAUAAGGGAUACGUCCUCACCGCAGCAACCCUCUUCAAAACCGCCAACCCAACCACCCCGCUCCACUUCCUCUACGUCUCCUCCAGCGGGAUCGAAAGGGCCGCGUGGUUCCUGUACCCGCGCACCAAACUCGCCAUCGAGCGCGGCCUCAAAGACCUCCAGUUCGCCCAGUGCAGCAUCUUCCGCCCGGCGUUCCUGGUUACCGAGCAGAAUCGCGAGGGCAGAAUGGCGGAUAAUCUGUUGAGGCCCGUGUUGGGGGGUUGGCUGGGGAGGGUGACGGGAAGCGCGACCCCUGUGGGAGCGGUGGCGAAGGCGAUGAUCAGGGCCGCAAGAGGGGAUGUGCCGGCCGGUGUGCCGGUGAAGGCGGAGGGAGGGUUUAGAAUUUUUGAGAAUCCGGAGAUUUUGGCGUUAUGAAUGUGAGAGUGCGGUGAUCAGGCGUAGCGAGAAUAGGAGUCGAUGACGAGUACUACGUACUGUACUCUCAUAAUGAAGUGCCCAUAUCGGACGAGAUCCCCAAUUGAGAGCCAGUUCACCAAAGUUUUCUUCGCCUUGCAAACAACAUUUAUUGGGUAGU